ACAGCAACAUUUAGGUCUGUGUGUAUGUGUUUAUGGGUAACCAAUGAGAGUUAGGUGUAUGUUUAAUGUAUAAAGCCAGUGGAUAACUGAAAGUGUGUGUGUGUUUCAGUCUUGUUGUCAUAAAUGUUUUUGGAGGGGAGAGCUGGAUGAACAGGUAGUAUGGGUGUUCGUGAGAGCAUACUAUAUACAGUAUACAGAGAGAGAAAGAGUUUUGUUCAACAAACACUUUGACUUCUACUGAGAAGAAUUUUAUUAUAGGUUGCUCAUUCAUCAUAUAUGAUAGGUCAUGCAACUCAAAAUUCUCAGUUGUAUGGUCAACUGUAUUUUUUUAGGUGAUUUCCAUGAAAUUCUUUAGGUGGAAUAAAAUUGACCCCAGGGAAAAACAUCAGAAUCAAAUUGCUCUGAUAAUUUUGUAUUGAAAAAAGUAGAUGUUAAGAUCUCUUUUUUGUUAUUCCAGACUUUGUUAUCUUGGCAAAUCAAAGACGUGUAAGAUCUCAGAAAAUCUAGAGGAGACUCUUGUGCGACUACUGGGGCGUUUUCUGGGGAACAUACGAUUUUUAAUUUAUUCUCAGUUUAGUCUCAUUAUUGUCUAGGAGAAAUCACUGAUCUUGAUGACACCUGAUGUGUGAUGAUUUGUGUUCCUUUCUAUGGAAAGCUGCUUAAGUGUGGUAAAGUCACAUUAAUCUGAUGUUAGUGUGCUCACAUGAUGUGAGUGAGUAAACGUUGGUAUUGUGUGAAAAUAAGCGGUUUGACUGACAGAUUUGUGAGACAAAAAAGUGUGUGUCUGUUUAAGAAAAAGACAGAGAGAGUAUGUUGUGACGAAAAAGCGAUGGGGAGGGUGUGUGUGAGAGAGAGAGAGAGAGAGAGAGAGAGAGGGAGAGGAACAGAGCAAGAGAGAGGAGGGAGGCUGAGUGUGUGUAAGCAAGGCAAAGUCUAGUGUGUGUAUGUCUGAGAGAGAGAGAGGGGGGAACAGAUGAUGGGAGGGAGUGUGUGCGUGAGAGGCAGCAGAGAGAAGGGAAAAUGACGUGGAUGUGGAAGAAAAAGGAAGGGGACGCCAGUGAAGGUGUGCGACCGAGUCUUUGCUACAGAGGAUGAGGAGGAGAGCACGUUGGAGCACAGCUACGGACCGGAGAAAGGUGAUAGUAAGGAAACACACAACAGAGAGAGAGCGCCUGCUACUGACGGGCCGUACUAUGAAACACAAUCUGCUCAGCUGUGGUGAGAUGGGUGAAGAGGGCACUAGCGGAGGAAGGGGAGCUGUGUCGUACCCCCUGCCGCCGAACUGCCGCAUUCGUGAGGUGCAUUGUGGCAAUCAAGUGCGACUGAUCGUUAUAGCGAUCCGUGACAUCGCUAAGGGGGAGGAGAUCACAGUGGACUACAGUUUAACAGAGUGGGGAGAAAAUGCUGCGGGUUUCCAUAGCACUGUGCCGUCAAAUAGCUUGGAGUGCAGCUCUGACCACGAAAACCAAGUUAAGAAGCUAAAGGAGGAGGAAUCCGGCCCAGUGCCUCUUUCUGUUUCAGAAUACCUCACACCUUCAUGGUCUCUCUCACCCUCUUCUUCUCCUCUCUCUCACUCUGAGCCCAGCGACUCAGCCCACGACUCUGACGAUGCCAGUGCUGAGCCGCGUAUGCCGACAGCCCAACGCCGCAAGAAGCACAAAGCCUCUCAGGCCACACGCGCUAAGGAAAUCCCAGUUCAGCAACCUCCCAGCCAUCCUCCCUCAUUUCCUCUCUCGCUCUCUCCGUCCUCGCUGCAGUCUACUGCUCCCUCCAGACCUGUAUUUAAGUGCCCGGCGCCUGCAGGAGUUCCCGCUAACAGUGUCAGUGUGUCAGUGGGUCGUGGGCAGAGCUCCGUGGCAGAGAAACAGCGCUGCAUUUACUGUCGCCGUCACUUCCGAUCUCUCCAACGCCAUAUGGACAAACACCACGCCCACCAGCCGGACAUGCAGUCUGCCCUGAAUCAAGCGCACAGCACCUUUUUACAGAAUUCCCCCCCAUUAUCAUCAUCUUCCAGUAAUAAUUUCCAAUGUCCCCAACGUGUGGAGGUUGGAAAACCACAAUCACCUCCCACUUCUUCUUUAUCACCUGUUAGAAAAAGCCCUGCACUCUCAAGCCCUACUCGCAAAAGUCCUGCCCCGCCCCCAACGACCCCGCCCAGAAGAGAAGGUGUUCCAGUGUCGGUAUUAAAAAGGAGCCCACCCACUCCAGCUACUCCCCCCAGGAAAGGAGGACGAAAAAUAAAAAAAGAGAAAGAGGACGUAAAGGUUUCAGAGAAGACAAAGGCAACGGAAGUGCCCACUCUAGCAUUGGUGGAGCAGUUGAAGGAGGCGGAGUCAAAACCUUUAAAGGAGGAGAGAGAAGAGAAUGAAGGAGACGACGAAAGUGGAGUGGAGGAUAAGAAUGACCUGUCGAGUCUGUGUCGUCCCCACAUGCUCCCGCUGCUCUCCUCUCUCUCCUCUCUGGUGUUAUACCUGCGACAGCUACAGCACUCUGCCUUCAUCUCGCUCACCCGCUCGCCGCAGUCAGCAGAGGCCUGGCGACUCCUGUGUCACUCCAGCCUGGCUCUCCUCAUCCUCUACAACCGUCGUCGCGAAUGCGAAGUCUCCAAACUCACCAUCUUCGAGUACCAGGCCCGCAUCACACCCCAGUCUCCCAGUCCCGUGCCACCUGGGACGCCACCGGCCCUCACCCCUCUCGAGGCCUCUCUCUCACCCUUUGAGCGGAUGGUCCUCCCCCAUCUUCCUCGCGUCGGGGUCCAGGGGAAGCGUGGCCGUGUGCAGCCGCUUAUUCUUCCACCACACUCUGAAGCAUGUCUGGAGAUGCUGUUGCUGACGCGUGCUGGCGUGGGCAUCGACCCCCAGAACCCCUAUGUCUUUGCCCGGCCAUAUCAUUCGCCAGCCACCCCCCUGCGAGGGACAGACUUACUGCGCAGCCUGGCCCGGUCCAGCGGUACACAGCACUCGCGGGCAUUGACGCAGACCCGUCUUCGCAGGCAAGUGGCGAUACUUACGCAGCUGCUGUUGUUAAGUGAAGGCGAGGAGGAAGGGGAGCGCGGGGCGGCCACACAGAGAUUAGAAAGUUUCUUGGAGAAGGAAUAUCACGUGACGCAGAGCUGCACCACCAUUGGCCAGGACCCAGGGCUGAUGGGUCUGAUCGGACGGGUGGUGCUAUGCGGAGAGAGAGAUGGUGUCUUGUUUCGAGGAAUGAGUUUGCAUCACAUCUGUCUGGAGUUAGAUGUGUUGUCAGGAAACUCUGCAGACUCUCUGUCAGAGGAGUCCGAUGUUGAGCAGAGUAAAGCAAAACCAGAGACGACUUCUCCAACCACCACUGUCACGAUGAAGAAAACCACAGUCAACAGCAAAUCUCCCCGACCCAAGAAGAUGAACAGCAGCACCCCCAUCUCAGCAGGACGCAAAAGAACAUCAGGACAGCCCAAACCUGGUAAACGUGGUGUGCUGAAGCGGCCUUGGUCUGAGGCAGAGCGGGCGGCCGUGGAGUCCCACCUGGUACGUAACAUUAUGGAGCUGCGCGUGCCCGCCAAAGCUGACUGCGAACGCUGUCUGGAGCUCUGCCCCCUGCUGGUCUCUAACCGCCGGGAUUGGAGGGCUGUUAAAUUCUACUGUCACAAUCGUAUCCAACUGUUAAAGAAAACCCAGCAGAGACUGGGUCCGCCCGCCGUGUCCGUCUGCUGAAGGGGUUUCCGGUUAUAUGAAAAUAUUGACAUGGUACAUUCACAGUAACCAACGUAUAAAGAAGGCUUUAAUUAAUGUGACGUAUGUGUUUUGUGUUCAGUGUGUAAAAUGUGAAAACAGUACACGUGGUACAGCGCUAUUCUGGGGGGUAGAAGGACAUACACAUGUAAACUUGUUUUGUGUAUCUAUUCAAUAUGUUAUGUCUUUUAAGAACACUAACUAUUGUCCGUACAAUCAGCAUGAGCUUUAUUACUGACGGUUUGAAAGUAUAUGGACAUUUUUUGAUCAGCUGAAAGUCUGAAUGGUUUCGUUUAGCCUCGACCGCAUCUUCUCCAGUUCAAGAUAGAGAAAGAGGCAAACUGGACACUAUGUGCCUUAAUGGCAGUAAAACGUCAAUCCCAAACUUAAAGAACAGGAUCAAGAUUAUUAAGGAUAAGAAAUAGAGAAUAGUUUAACACCAUCUUUCAUUUCGUUUGUUUAUCAUUUUCGCUCAGUUAGAUUACAAAGGUCUCUUUUGAAGCCAACACGGUUUUUUACAUUUUAUAAAAUAUAUACAUUUCUUUUAUUUUUAUACUUUGUUUUGAUGGUUGGAUUGUUAACAUUUCAUUGAGGUCCCUCGUGAUUUAUUGCUGAUGUUAAAUCUAGUCGUUCUGAACUGGAAAGGUUCAUUGUUAUAUUAGUUAUGUUGUAGCUUGUCCUGACCAUUCAGCACUGCUACGAGUCCUGUUAUUUGAAAAUGAUGUGAUUGUGUACGUUUGGUUACUUGUUUACUUUGUAUUCAUCUGUCAAAGCUGCAAUUUAAACUGUAUGUUAGAAACACACGAUCACCACACCCAACACCUCAGUUUCUAUUCUAAUGAUGUAUUUGCUGUUUUGUUAUCUGUCCUUUUACAAUGUGCACAUACACGUACACACAUUUUGCAUAUAUGUUGUUAUUGCUAUUAAUAGUAGUAUUGUUAUUACUCUUAAAACUUCCUGUGGCGAGUGUUUUUCCGAUUCCAAUUAAAUGUAAAUAUUGAAUGUAAAUAUUGGCAGAAUACCACAGAGCUCCUUGUAAAUACAUUGUGGGUAAGACAUGCUUGUUUUUGUGUUGUCUGUGUCUUUUUGUGUGCUUGUUUGUAAGUUUCGAUUUUCCUUAUGUCUUGCACAUGUAUAUAUCUCUUAAAUGCCAUAUAAACAAGAGCAGCAAAAUGCAAAUAUCUCAUAUACAGUAACUUCAUAUCGUUAAUAACAUUUCAUUUGGGCAGUUGAUUUUGUAAACAGUACUAUUUUAUUAUUAGUAUUCAACAGUAUUCAAAGGCCCCCCCACCCAAUAAACUGACAAAUAAUAAGAAAUAUCUUUGAUUUUAGUUGUUUUAAAAUGUAUUUCAAUGCUCAUUUUGUCUAAUUUUAAAUUGUUAGGUAUCCCGAGGCCCUCUUGGAAGUCAGAUGGGGCCCCCCUGUUGAGAACCACUGAUUAUGGGCAAAAUCAUUAUCUGCUUUAAAAAUAUUCAAAAACUAUGAGAUUGCUUGUAAUGUAAUAUAAUGUAAUGUUAUGUAACAGGACCAAAAUAGAUUUUUUUCCCUAAAAAUUACUCAUAUUUUCUUCAGAGAAUGCUCACUAAUAUAACAAAUACUGUUGAUGUUCUUAAUAUAACUGUUAUAACUGAAUUUGCACACAUUUACAACCUUAAACUUUGCAUCCGAUUUGUAAAAUGUCCCUCUGUAAAAAAACACACAUUAAACUU